AUGGCGUCCAACACCUACUACUACGACAACAGCCAGCGUCCACCGCCGAGCUACCACUCGACGCCUGACCCCUACUUGCAACAGGCACAUAUGCCCUACCACAGCGAUAAUUCUCUCUCUGCAGCUCCAACCAUAUACGGUGCUGAUGGCAACAGCAGUAGUCACGUACAUGGUCAGCAAACUGGACAGUCUCCGUUUGCUUCUGUUUUUGACGACAACUACGCAGCCGGCAGCACCAGCACUCUACCACAUGGCCAUCAAGGCCAGUAUCCCGACACGGCCUACUACGGCCAGGCGGGCGCGGCCGUAGGACCCCAUGCCCAGGGUGAUAUCCCAUUGCAGGACCGAGCCGGCAAGAAUGAUGACAUGAACGAUCAUAUUUACGAUGCUCCAGACGCGGGAAUGGCGGGAGAAGGGCGAAAGAGGAGAAAACAUGUUCGUGUUGGCGAAUUGGGCAUGUUGGGAUCGGACAAGAAGAGGAUUCCCUGGGUAUGCUAUGUUUUUACGGUUGUGCAGGUGGGAGUGUUUAUCGGCGAGAUCAUUAAGAAUGGCAUGCUGACUGGCUCUCCCAUCAUGGUCAAGCCACAGUUCAACCCCAUGAUCGGCCCGUCGACCCAAGUCCUCAUCAACAUGGGCGCACGAUAUGUCCCCUGCAUGCACAACGUCAAGGAAAUCCAGGGUUCCAGCAUCCCCGUCUUGUUCUUGUGCCCCAACGCAACCCGAAAUGAUCAGUUCUGCCCUCUUUCCGAAGUGUGUGGAUUCGGCGGCGUGCCCGACCCGACUUUCAACAAUGCCAACCAGAGCCCUCAGCCGAACCAGUGGUUCCGCUUCAUUUUGCCCAUCUUUCUGCAUGCUGGUCUUAUCCACAUUGGCUUCAACAUGCUGCUGCAGAUGACGUUGGCCAAGGAGAUGGAAAUGGCGAUUGGGUCGGUGCGAUUCUUCCUCGUCUACCUCAGUGCUGGUAUAUUUGGAUUUGUCAUGGGCGGUAAUUUUGCCGCGCCUGGCGUUGCCUCCACCGGAGCUUCUGGCUCGUUGUUUGGAGUUAUUGCUCUGACCCUGCUGGACCUGUUCUAUUCUUGGACGGAGCGAAGAAACCCUGUCAAGGAUUUGAUGUUCAUAAUUCUGGACAUUGUGAUUUCCUUUGUGUUGGGACUGCUGCCCGGAUUGGAUAACUUUUCGCACAUUGGCGGGUUCCUGAUGGGCCUUGGGCUCGGCAUCUGUCUUUUGCACUCGCCCAACGCGCUCCGAAGAAGGAUUGACGGCAGCGACAACACGUCAUACUCGGUCGUCAACAGCGGCAGCGACGACACCGCGCCGGGCUUCCUCAAGAGCCCAAUUGGUUUCUUCAAGGGCCGAAAACCCCUGUGGUGGGCUUGGUGGCUUGUCCGGGCGGGCUUCCUCAUUGCCGUCAUCAUUGUGUUUAUUGUUUUGCUCAGCAACUUUUACAAGGGUACCCAUACCUGUGGUUGGUGCAAGUACCUCAGUUGUCUUCCUGUUAGCAACUGGUGCGACAUUGGAACGAUUCAAAAGCAACCCGCCUAA